ACUGUCAGGAACAGUGCACUUACUACUCCGAAGGAAGGCAAAUAAGGUAGCUCUCCAUCAUGACCUGUCUUUGCAUGAUAGUUGCAGUGAUGCUAACCAUGCUGAUAACUGGAACUACAAGUCAAGAAGGUCCCAAGGGCCAGAGUGAAAUGAAACUGAACACCAUAUAUGAUGUUCAAAAAGGCACCAAGCUUAUUGUCCUGCGGGGAGCGCAAACUACUACUACAAAUACCCGCGCUAAAAAGCCCUUCAACGUUCUUUGUGUGCCAAUUAUCAAGCACCGGUCUGGGAUUUCCAGCACUAAAGGCAGUUAUUUACGGGACACCAGUCACAAUAAAGACACUGAGUCCGGUAAACCUCGGGUAAGUCCCCAGAAAGAGAGUGACAGUAGCAGUUUCAGCAAUCAGAAUACUACCAGCAUCCCUAGGCAGUAUUACCCCUGUAACAAAACUCAGAAGAAAAGCAGGGGAAAGGUUAGCUGUGCAGUUACAAAUCAUUAUCAUUUUAACAGUCAGGUAUUACAUGAUAACGCUGCUGCUUAUCAGAAACAAAACGUAAAAACUAUCAGCGCUGGAAGGCAUAGGGGUAUCAGCGGUUCUGCUAGCACCUCUAGCUUCAUCAGUGAGGGGAGUAAAGGGUAUGGCAGUAAAACAGAAACAGGGCGUGAACAGCAUAACAGUCAAAAGAUCAGUUCAGAUUAUCCUUCGAGACCCCUUAUAUUAUCGAAGCUGCGAGGCAGGAGGCAUGCCGACAGUUCUACCAGUGUGGGGCAGCCAAAUCUCAGUCGUCAUGCGUCCGAUGCCCAGGGUAUCCUGGAGUACGUCACCAGGCAGCAGAAACACGGAAGGCAAAACACCACCGACAGUAGUGAAGGGUGGGGAAUCGGCCAUAAUAGGGACAGUAAACUCAGUGUGAACCACACACUAAUCAACCAAACCUGGAGGAAAACAAACAGCACUACUGGCACCAGUGACAAGAAAGUCGAUCAGAUCAUCGACUACCCAAGGCGGAAUCUUCCCUGCUUUAGCACCCAGCUACACCCAAAGCAGAGAGGAUGCCUUGAAGGCAGUAGAGGGACCAGGUGCGUCACUGAAAGAAAUGACACAGAUAGCAGACAUGAACUGCCUAACCGAAAGGAUGCUGCUAUAGACAGCACAGAGCAUCAAUACCCCAUCGACCAGAACGGCAGCAUCAAUGAACGUGAUGUCCAGAGCCACAAGAAGUGCAACCAGCAGGUAAGAAGAGAAUUCAGUGAUGGUUGGGUCAGGACAGAACACUCGACAGCCGUUUUUACUCCUGCAGAAAUCACAACUGCAACAGUGGACAAGUGGAGGGGCAGACUGCGCCAAGCACGCAUCAAGGGCGCAGGCAGCACAUCAAAAGGUGAACCUCUGACCACUGGGGCCACAGUCACCGCGUCAGUAGUGGAGAGCACACAGCAAAGUCGGGGGAGGCACACUCUCGGAUUCGGGUUUUUCGGUGAUCAGAGACCAGGUCAGAGUCACGACAGCAGCAGUCAACAACUCAGCAAGAAGAAAAACCAACGAUCUUCCAACUACCUGGCAGGCCACGGGAAAUUCAACUCGGACACACACUUGUGUGCAGGGAUUCAAAUGAAGUCUUGUAGGAAAAACUCAGACUGUGAUGGAUGCUUGGGCCUGUAUACUUGCAACAUCUCCAAAGGAAAAUGUGACUUCAAAAGUGUCACCAGGAACACAGGUUCGUUUCAACAGAGCCUUUUGACCACAUGAAGCUUAUCUUCCUCUUUUGUGUGUUGUUGGGAUAUGCACUGAAACAGAAAGCUUUCUUAUUGCACUACAACUUGGAAUCCUGCCUUUUUGUAAAUAAGCAUGAAUGAAAUUCUAAGCCAAGUCUUUAUACUUGUCUGUUCUUCCUAUUCUUCUGUGUGGACCCACAUCCAUCAGCACAUGGCAUUUGCCUGGGACAGAUGGUACAAUUCAGCUAAGAUAUGCCAUUAUAUUUGCAUCCAGCUUUGUCUCUUUUGAAAAAGCUAUAUAUAUUUACAGAUACCCUCUCCUACUUAGCAUUUAAAAAAGAUGAUAAAAAUAACCUGUGGUGUCAUAUUUAUACUAGAAGAUAAAGCGUGCAAUUUUACAAAGUGAUGUAUCACACACAGACUGAAGCCAACAUGAAGAUAUAUCACCCAUUGCUGUGGAUAACGUAUAUGCCAUAUUUUCAAAUGCUCACAUGCUGUGUGGCAGCCAGCCUGGGAAGGCAGUAAUGUACACUGCUUCAUACAGAAUGACACAGCUCAGUGAAAUAAUACAUGGUCUCUGUAAGCUGCAGGAUCAGGUAUGGCUAGGAUGUGCACCUCCUAAAGGACUACUGCCAACAUAAGAAUUCAUGUUGUACAAGUUUCAUGCAAUAUGUCAUGUUUUCAUAUACACAUGUCAGUAUCAGUAGCAAAGCAGGUUAUAUAUUUUACUUUAAUGCUGAAAGAUUAACAGGUUGAAGGUUCUAUCCCCACACCAGCUUCUUGCAUGUUCCAGUACAGACACUGCAAUUUAAUAUGAGGGGAUGUGAUGUAUACCUGAAGUGUUGCCUUAGAGAUGAGAUGUUAAACUUGGGAUUUCCUCUGUUGUGGAGGUAAUUCACAUGGAUGUUAACAUUCUCAAGCACUUGUCAAUAAAGAUCAAGGAAUUUCCCUAGAACAUCCACAAAAAAAGCACUAAAGGCACAGUGUGUUGUUUCCAGUCAACAAACUACACUAAGGGUCAAAGGCUCAGUAUAUCAUAUUUAGUACACUGUGCUUUAUACACAGUUCCCCCAGUAAGGCUGGGAUUGUACAUACACUGGAAGAAUGGCUGAUAUUACUCUGGUCCAUCUCAUUUUUGUUCAGACGUAACAUUCAUGCACAGCAUAUUCAAUGGCACUUAAAUUUCCAUUAAAGUGGCAGAAUAACUGCAUUUGGUGAUGAGGUGAGAAUUUAACCAAUGAUAGGAAGUUACCUUAGAUGUGGUGGGUUUUAGAGGAUGCAAGGUAUAUUUAACAAUCUGUUUAAAAGAUGAACUUUAUCUAAUCAUUUAAUAUGCAUUGAAGGUCUGAAAGAGUUUGCAUGUGGGAUACAGUUUACAUCCCUACUUCUUGGUACCAGUCCCUUUUAUUAUGGUUCAGGCUUUGAAAGUGAAACAUAAAAAAUGUCAGUCACUUAUAGAAGAUAAACUGCAACAAAAGAGAAUACUUUCUGUUGUAGUUUUAUUAUACCUUUAAACAGUGUACUGAAAAUACUGCAUCAGUUAAUCAUAUUAACCAAAUUAAGAAGAUAUUUAUUUCUGUGUAUUUCACCUUGAAUCAUAAUUAUUCAGGAGAUGAAGAAGUUUUCAGGCUGGACUGCCAAACAAAAGUUACCAUUGAAUGGUACAUAUCCAGUAAUUAACAGGCGUUUAAGGUUCUGAUCCAACUACUACCCGUCUAAAGUAUAGACACACUUAGUGUAUAGCUAUUUAUACCCCUAACAAAUAAAAUAAGAAUAAAAGUUUGUUUUAAAAUGUGUAGAAACAAUAUUUAUUAGUUUGUAAUGGUUCAAGAAGAAAUUACACCCUAGACUUUAAGAAUUAUGACUAGUAAUCUUCUUUUCUGUCACCAACUCAUUCAUAUCAUAUUGUAUCAUAUUAACUUAUUUCAUUUUCUCACAAUCCUGUCUCAGAAUAUUCUGUAUUUUUUCAACGUUUAAAUGUACUAUUACUUGCCACUUCCCAUAAUGCAAUUUUAAUAUAUACGGUAGGACAUACAUACAGUAUGAUACUCUGUGAGGACUGAAACAUCUGGUCAUUUUCAAAAGAUUUUUAAAUGUCUGUGCUACCCCUUACAACCCAGAUAUUCCUGUCUAUAACACCAACAGUUCAAGUAGAGUGCAGUUUUUCAGAAUAACGAAGUAGCAAGGUAGAGUAAUAUGAUUUUAUAUAAACAGUUCCCAUGUGUUUUACUAUAUAAAUAAUGAAAUUGUAGCUUGAUAACUAUGCUGAGAGAUUAAUAAUACAUGUGCAUAAAAGUAAGCCAGAAUCUUAAAUGUUAAAUUUUAUAUACUUACGACAACACUAAUGAGGAACUGGAGAAUCAGGGUUACAAUCAGCAACUUGCAGAAGAGGUUUUUAUUAUUCAUGGGAUGUUCAGUCUGUUAUUAUCUGGUGCCUCAUGACAUCAUACAUGCACUAGGAACAUGAUCUGCUGCUAUAUCACAUUCUUUCAUCUUCUAGGAGCCAAAUCUGUUCCCACCUUUGGAUUCCUCCUUCCCUGAGAAGGGCAGGGACUCUUUGCACGCCCAUUCCCAUCAAAUUUCUGUCAUUCCCUAAAAAGUGAUUUUUUUUUUCACUCCCAUUACAUAAGUGCCACUAACUAUUCCAUUAGGGUUCUGAAUGAGUACGAAGGUAUACAAAUCUUAAAAAACACAUUGGUUAUGCUCAAAUCGUCUUACUAAAUUAAAUCUGCGAGCACACAUAGAUUCAGAGAUUACAAUGGAGAAUAUUGACAUUUUAUUAUCUUAUUUGAAUUGCAGUGAUAAAAGAGCUUUUGCAGCAAGCAGAUUCUGCUGGAUACAUGCUAUUAUGUUUACCAUUGCAAGUUAGCAUUUACAUUACUUUUUUACAAGUAUGUCGUCUUCAGAGAAAAAUAAAAAAAAAAGAGCCCAUGUACUAAAACAGUACCACAGGAAUUUAGUUGUUAUUUUCACAAUAGAUAAACACGAGGAUAAGCAAUGAAAAUAAAUGUAUAUCAAUUUCAAAAUGUAAAACAACAAUGGAUAUGUUGAUAUUCUGGCAGUGAAUAUUACUAUUGAAAAUAAUGCCUGGUACUUUAAUUUAUUACCAAUGCAUAUUUAUUAUUACAUUAACAUUUCUAAUAUUUUACACUUAUUGUAUUACAUGAUAUGGAUGUAUGAUAAUGAUAUGAAAUAUAUGUGUUCAUGCUUCCACACUAAAUUGUAUUAAAAGGCAAAUGAAGUUGCACCCAUUUAUAAUUUUGCUUAUUAGACAGAAAAGAAAUGCUAAAAUCAGAAAAUCAGUUUUGUAGUUUCCUAUAAUCAUUUAUAUGAAGUCUGUAAACUUAUCUAGAAUGUUCAUUUGUUUCCUACAGUAUAAUUUCAUAACUGUUUAACAACUGUACAUUUGAAAAUCACUUUUGGAAAUGUAUGGGUGGUCUGUAUAUACAUUUUAUUGCCAGGAAACAGUGUAACUGAUGCCAGUUUAGAGUUGUAUGCAAAUGUUUUCUUUGCUAUUUAUAAAAAAAAAUAUUGUGAUACUGAGGCUAAUUUUGCACUGCCUUUUUCUUUUUGUUUUUCUUCAUGUAUGUGCUGAUUAUAUUUGACACAUAUUGCGAAAACUAUGUCAACAUGUUACUUUUAUCUAAGUGAUGCAAUAAAAAGUAGUUUGCAAAUA